AUCUAAGCAAGAAUCAUGGCACCCCUCAUAUUGACAUUCUCAAAUUUCCGUCCCACAAAAUGCUUCUAUUUUCUCUCUAAAGGGUUGGUAUCAAUCCACCAACCUCGUAAUUUGUUUGCUUUGAGAGAAAUAGAGUUCCACAAGAUUUUACCCCUAGAUUUCUUGUUAUGUGUUAAAUAAGAUCAAGGAGGGAAUGGCUAAGAUUGUGAGGCUGAAAACUAGGGUUUGUUAGGCAUAACUAGUUUUGUUAAGAAUGGGGACCUUGUUCCUGGGGCAGAUUAAGAAGCAAGCAUCCACUUUUCUACAUGAGAAAUACAAAACUGCUAGGCUGGUCUUAAGUGAUGUUACUCAAGCCGAAUUGUAAGUUGGCCGAGGAAGCAACAAAUAAUGAUCCAUGCAGUCCAGAUGCAAAAACAAUGACCCAGAUAACUCAGGCAUCCUUCGACAUAGAUGACUACUGGAGAAUAGCUGAUAUCCUUCACAGGAGGUUCUAUAGCAUUGACUUGAAGCAAUGGAGGCAAUACUACAAAUCCAUGGCAUUGCUCGAGUUCUUACUAACUCAUGGUCCUGAAGAAUUUGCUGGAGAAUUCAGACGCGACUACCGUACCAUCCAAGAGCUCGGAACGUUUCAACACACAGACGAAAAUGGGUUCGAUUGGGGGAAGACCAUGCGAAUGAGAUCUGAGAGGAUACUAGAGCUUCUAAGCGGAGGAGAAAGGCUAAAACAAGCGCGUUUGAAAGCUUUGAAAAUCACAAAAGAAAUCCAAGGUUUUGGGAGUUCAACGCCGUCUCCUUCAUCAUCCUCUCCCUCAAAAAUGUGGAGUGCUGCGACUUUUGGCUUAAAUUCCGCCUCCUCAACCCCUUCACGGUGGGAAGUAGGUGCAAAAACGAAACACGAUAUUGAUCAAUAUCCAAGCGCUAAAAUGGGUGUGGUAGAUAGCAUUUCAAUAGGAGAAAUUGAAAGCGAGGAAUUUAGCACUCCAACCGGCGAUAGAUGGAAUUUUGAGGGAUCUCAUUGUUGGGAACGGGAUUGCCCUCCGGUAGAAGAAUCCGGUUCCUUACUCGACUCUGAAGAUGAAGAUGAUGAUGGAGAUGGAGAUGGAGAUGGAAAGGAGGAAGAAGCAAAAACAUAUGGUUUUAUCAGUGGAAUUUGCUCCAAAUUUGGUGGAAAAAGCCCAUCAAAAUUUAUCAAGGGUGAGAAAGUGGCAUUUAGGAGCCUUUCCGAUGUUGGUAAGGUGAGGAAGAAAAAGGUGGAUCACCAAUUUUCCAAGGAGUACUGAUUGUUAGGUGUUUGUUUGCUUAGAGGUAUCGUUAAUUAGUUGGCUUGAUUGUUCUGUGAGAUCUUGUAUGUCACGCAGGGGCGGAGCCAGAAUUUCGGUCGAAUGAGCCGGAAGACAAGAUGAAUUUGCAUCUUGAAAAGUGUAUUCUUUGCAUUAUACGCUUUUUUAUGUGUCCUAGUGUAUUAUAUGCAUUA